AGCGAUAAGAUAGAGCCUCAAACCAUCGUCAUCAUGAGAGGCCACAUCGUCGUCGAAGCCCAUUAUUGUCACAAUGGCUAAAGCCAGCAGUACUCUGUUUACUGUUUCCUGCUCCGCUUCAGCUCGUUUCUCUAUCCUCCGACGCUCUGAGUCUCUCAAACCCUCAGUUCCGAGUGCGAGAUUCGCCGUCCCAAUGGCUAUGGCUGCCUCUGUUGCAACCGCUAUAAAGCUGGCUCCAGCCGUGAUUGUGGGUGGCGGAAGAGUCGGAAGAGCGUUGGAGGAAAUGGGUAAUGGCGAGGAUUUGUUGGUGAAGAGAGGAGAAGCAGUUCCGGUUGAUUUUGAAGGACCCAUUUUGGUUUGUACUAGGAAUGAUGAUCUCGAUGCUGUUCUUGAAGCUACUCCCCAGUCUAGAUGGAAAGAUUUGGUAUUUUUCCAAAAUGGAAUGAUGGAGCCGUGGUUUGAGAGCAAAGGUUUGGGUGAUACAGACCAAGUGUUGGCCUAUUUUGCUGUGUCAAAGCUCGGCGAGCCUCCAGUGGAUGGGAAGACUGACACUAAUCCAGAAGGUUUAACUGCUGCUUAUGGGAAAUGGGCUUCAGAGGUAGCUGCAAGAUUGGAAUCUGGUGGCCUCUCUUGCAAGGUACUUGACAAGGAAGCAUUUCAGAAGCAAAUGUUGGAGAAACUCAUUUGGAUUUGUGCAUUUAUGCUUGUUGGAGCUCGUCAUCCAGGUGCAAGUGUUGGCAUGGUGGAGAAAGAACAUAGAGAUGAAGUGUCGAGACUCAUCCAAGAACUUGCAGCAGCUGCUGCUGCAGAGAAAGGACUGACCUUUGAAGAGAAUAUGGUGGAGAGACUAUGUGCUUACUCGCGAGCUGUUUCUCAUUUCCCGACUGCUGUUAAAGAGUUUAAAUGGAGGAAUGGUUGGUUUUAUUCGCUCUCAGAGAAGGCGGUUGCAGAAGGGAAACCGGAUCCCUGUCCCCUCCAUACUGAAUGGCUGAAAGAGCUUAAAGUGAUAUAGAGUGUCAGUCCCUGUAAACUGUGAGUGUCUGUAUUAACAAAGUAGUAUCUUUAUAUCUUUUAAGUAGAUGAUUUGAAACUAGUGUGAACUGUGUACACGCAUGAGAAGUGAAAAUAAAUGGAUUUGCCUGAUAAUGAUAAUCAGUUCACCCUUUGUAAAGAGUCCAGACUUUAAGUAUC